AUCAGUUGAGAAGAUGCUUAAGCUUCAGCCUCGUCAGUUAGUGACUCCAGCUAGUUUGUGACAGGUGUACCACAUCACCUGACUCACCUGAGUCACCUGACUUCUUAAAUACGCGGGUGGCAGGCACUAGUUUCUGUAUGGUGUAUGGAGUAGUUGGAACAUGGCCGUGAAAACAGUCUUAAUUUUGCUGGUGUGCUGCGUUGAGUUGUUUAUGCUACAACCUUUUCAGGAGGAUAGUUUCAUGACCGAGUCCUUUGAUUAUGCUUCCCAAAAUAAUCAAGACUUUAGAGAAGGUCAUGUGUUUGUGCAGUCUGCAGACCCUGAUCAGGAGGCUUGGCUCGGACAGCCCCAGAAGUAUUCUGUGUUUUGUGGUAAAGAUGCUGUUGAAGUAGUUUUGCCUACUGGUCCUCUUUCUGAGGUGAAGAUUUUGGGGUCCUCCAUUCUGGACCCCGUUCUAGAGGCAACGAAAGAAUGUGGCUACUCCCUGACAAAGGAACAGGGGAACAAUGUUCUGUAUGUCAGCUUCUCUGGCUGUCAUGUCACUGUUGAGGUGGGUGUCAACAUGCACUUUGUGUUUUGUAGUGUAGAAUGUACUCUUUGCCAUAUUUCCCUCGUCUCUGUUUCCAGGAGGGCAGAUAUACUCUGCGGCUGCUGUACCGUAAUAACAUGGGACCUGCUGAGGUUGUCACGGUGUCCUGUGAUGCCAACUCUGACAUGGCAUCACAAAAACUCCGUCUCCCUCGCUCAGCUGGCCAAGAAGACUGUCCACCUGCUCCAAUGCCACCCAUGUCACCAUAUAGAAAGCUGCCUCAGAACUACACACGAGGAGGCUGUGACAUUCCUACUAGCCAAAGAUUGCCUUGUGGUCCUUCUGGAACUACAGCUUCUGAGUGCUUGGCCAAAGGAUGCUGUGUGAAUGUGACGGAUUCCUCCUGUUAUUACCCAAUGGAUCGUAGGUUGCCGUGCAUUGAUGCAUGACUUGCAGAAGUGGUUGUCUUAUCCUGGUCUUACAUGUGGGUUUUGUUUUCUUUCCUUCUUUUCCCUGUACCUGUUAGAAUGUACAUCUGAUGGGCAGUUUGUGUUUACUAUUUACUCUAAUGUCACAACUAUCCCUGUGAGCCCCAAAAGCUUGUAUGUGGUAUCCCCGAACCCCUGUAAACCUGCCCAUGCUACUGAUGAAUUUGCCACCUUCAAGUUCUCAGU